AUGCUGAAGCGACUGCAGGGCGCGGGGGGAGCGCCCGUGCCCCUGGCGUACAGCGAGGAGCCCUCGCGCCUCCUCAUGUCGUACCUGGGCAAGGAGACCCUGGCCGACGUUUUGAGUGCGCAGCGCAGCACGAAGCAGCUCCUCCAGGUGAGCCUGAAGCUGGCGGAGGCCGUGGCGGCCGUGCACGCCGCCGGGAUCGUCCACUGCGACCUCAAGCCGACCAACGUGAUGGUUCAGCUGCGAGGCGCAGCAGGAGCGCCGGCUGUGCACGUGAUCGACUUCGGUCUGGCACUGCCGGUGGGCCAGUGCCAUCCCGCGAGCAGCAAGAGCCGGCACUCGUGGUACUGCGCGUGCGUGCACCAAGGCGCGCCGGUGACCGAGAAGUGCGACGUGGUGGGCGUGGGCGUCAUGCUGCAGUUCGUGGCGGAGAGCAUGAAGGCGCCGCCGGCGGCCCUGCAGGCGCUGGCGGCGCGAGCGCAGCGCCCCGAGCACGAGCAGCGCCCCGCGGUCCAGGAGAUCGUCGAGGCGCUCGAGGACAUGCUGCGCCGCUGCCACUGA